AUGGCACCAUCAACUAAUGACCUUGUUCUAUAUGGUCAAUAUGUCAAUAAGAUAGGAGGUAUUUUUUUAUGGUUUUUUGGUGUAUUUGGAUCUUUGGCAAUUAUAAUUAUUUUCUCAUCAAAAAAAGAACUUCGUCGUACUUCUUCUAGUCAAUAUAUUCUUGUUGCAGCAAUUUGUGAUUUCAUCUUUUUGGCUAUUGCACUUGGUUAUCGUAUUAUGACUGAUGGUUUUCAAGUUCAAGGAAAUAUUGCUUUAUUUUUCUUUAAUCCAGCUGUUUGUAGAAUUCGAAGUUAUAUUACUGGUGUAACUAAUUUCGCUACUUUAUAUACAAAAUGUCUUUGUACUAUUGAUCAAUGGGCAUCAACUUCUCGAUCGAAUAAAAUUCGUCGAUUCAGUUCUAUCAAAUGGGCACAAUUAUUUCUUAUCAUAAAUACAUUUAUAUGGGCACUUAUGCAAGUACCUCAAUUACUUUACAAUGAUAUCAGCACGAGUUCAUCUGGUGUUAUGUCUUGUGUUAGUACAUCAAAAGGUCUCACAUAUGCAUUUGCUUAUUUUCUUCUACCAGUCCUCUAUUUCUUUAUACCAUUCAUUGUAUUAACUAUCUUUGGCUAUUUAACUUACAGUCAUGUUAAAAAAUUAGGUCAAAAUUCUUCGAAUCAAGGUCGUUUUCAACGUAUAGAACGACAAUUAACUUCAUUGAUCAUCGCUCAAACAUUAGUCUGUAUGGUUACUUCAUUACCAUAUGGUGUACAAUAUCUUUAUACAGGAAUUACACUUACUCAAGCGAAAGAUCCUUAUCGGCUAGCUUUGGAAACAUUUAUUCAACAUGUUGUUCGACUCAAUUUAUAUGCUAGUAGUGCUGCUCCAUUUUAUGUCUAUGUUUGUUUAUCGAAUGAAAUUCGACGAAUGGCUGUAGAAUUACUAUUUUGUAAAAUAAUCAAAAUGAGUAAAAUUGCUCCUUCUCAAAUAAUAGACAGAACACUCGAUCAAACAAUAACAAUUGAAAAUCAUCAAAUGAGAUCAAGAAAUCAAACAACAAUGAAAUAA